AUGCCAGAGGCGGAGUUGCGUGCAAGAGUAUCAGUUGCGGCGACACUGCUUCCUGACGUACUGGCCCCAUACCUCUUGGAAACAAGUGGAUUUUGUUCGGGUAACUUCAGUGUUGCCUCAUGGUGUUGUUGUGGGAGGUGUACCGUUUUCUCUGACCCACGGAUGAACAUCUGCUGUGGUCAUCCCCACUGCAUCACCACGAGGCCAGAAUUUCGCAACCUAUGUCUCAGACAUGAUGUUAUUGAGAUUGCGAACAUUCUGAACUGGAGUUUCCGAACAAAUCUUGAUCCUAGUUUCAGAGCCAGUACGUUCAGGAACCAGGCAUACCGCAAUUUUGUACUCUGGCAGCAUGGGCGGUUAGGAGCAGGAAGGCGAGUUGUAGUACCAUCCUGUGUCUGUCGUCAGAUACGACUUCGAUUUCCUGAAGUCAAUCCUGUGGACUAUAAGGGCUAUGAGUCUUUAUACUCUGAUUCAGAUUAA